AUGAAUCUUCCACCCCUCCUCCUCCCCCAAGGCGUAACAAGCCGCUACAUCCCAACCCGCGACCUAACCUUCCACAUCCUGGAAUCCGGCCAAGACAGCAAAACCACCAAACCCCUCAUAAUCCUCCUCCACGGAUUCCCCGAAAUCGCCUAUUCCUGGCGCCGGGUACUUCCCCAACUCGCCCAAGCCGGCUACCACGUCGUAGCCCCAGACCAGCGAGGCUUCGGCCGCACCACAGGCUGGGACAACCGGAGCUACGAACAAGUGGAUCUAGCGACAUUCUCACUCUCGUCACUAGUGCGCGACAUUGUGCUCCUCGUCCACGCCCUCGGAUACCAGAGCGUUGCCUGUGUCGCGGGCCAUGAUUGCGGUGCCGUUUCGGCAGCUAUGUGUGCGCUCAUGAGGCCGGAUUUCUUUCGCUCUGUCGCCCUCAUGAGCCAUCCGUUCAAUGGGAGCCCGGAAAUACCGCUUGGUGUGGGCGGUGCGGUGGGCGGAGGCACAGAGGGCUCUGCGGGGGAUGUCCAUGCGGCGCUGGAGGCGUUGGGCCGUAAGCACUAUAAAUGGUAUUAUUCUACGGCGGCAGCGGGGCCGGAGAUGUCGAAUCUGACGCCGGAGGAGAUGCGGCGGUUUCUGCGUGGAUACUUCCAUUUGAAGAGUGGGUCGUGGGCUGGGAAUCGGCCUCAUGCGUUGGGGGAAUGGGCGGCGGAGGACCUGGUGAAGUUACCCGGGUAUUAUAUCAUGCCGAUUGGAGAGACGAUGCCGGCGACGGUGGCGAUUGAUAUGGCGACGGAGUCGUCGGGGGAGGCAUCGAAGUCGUGGUUACCGGAUGAUGAGCUCGCCGUUUACGCUGGGGAGUAUGGACGGACUGGGUUCCAGGGCGGAUUGAACUGGUAUCGUGUUCGUACGGCUGCUGGUGGAAAAUAUACACGAGACUUUGAAGUUUUUGCAGGAAAAAAGCUUGAGCCACCUUGUGCCUUUGUUUCUGGGAAGUUGGACUGGGGGAACUACCAGGAGCCUGGUGCGAUUGAGAAGAUGAAGAACGGGGUGUCGUGUGCUGACCUUCGAAUUCUACGUUUGGUGGACGGAGUUGGACACUGGACACCACAGGAAAGCCCAAAUGAGGUCUCGCGGGCUAUUCUGGAUUUAAUCGGAGGUCUGCGCGAGGAAAUUGUAAUUUAG